AUGGCUGCUUCUUCCUCCUGCAAUGUGGAAGAAGAUGAGAGUCUGAAGGGAUGUGAACUCUAUGUUCAGAAGCAUAACAUCCAACAGAUUUUGAAAGAGUGCAUUGUAAACCUUUGCAUCGCAAAACCAGACCGGCCAAUGAAGUUCCUCAGAGAACAUUUUGAAAAAUUAGAAAAGGAAGAAUGCAAACAAAUAUUGGCUCGGCAGAAAUCUAAUUCCCAGUCAGAUUCUCAUGAUGAUGAGAUUUCUCCUCCUCCUCCAAACCCGGUGGUGAAAGCUCGACGCAGAAGGGGAGGUGUCAGUGCUGAGGUGUACACUGAGGAAGAUGCUGUUUCUUAUGUUAGAAAGGUUAUUCCAAAGGACUAUAAAACAAUGACUGCUCUGGCAAAAGCCAUCUCCAAGAAUGUGCUCUUUGCUCACCUUGAUGACAAUGAGAGAAGUGACAUAUUUGAUGCCAUGUUCCCCGUUAUGCACAUUGCCGGAGAAACGGUCAUACAGCAGGGUGACGAAGGAGACAACUUCUAUGUAAUUGAUCAAGGAGAAGUGGAUGUUUAUGUAAAUGGAGAAUGGGUGACCAGCAUUGGAGAAGGAGGCAGCUUUGGGGAGCUUGCAUUGAUCUAUGGAACACCAAGAGCUGCCACUGUCAAGGCCAAGACAGACCUCAAACUUUGGGGCAUCGACAGGGACAGCUACAGACGCAUUUUAAUGGGCAGCACACUGAGAAAGCGAAAGAUGUAUGAAGAAUUCCUGAGCAAGGUCUCCAUUUUAGAAUCAUUGGACAAAUGGGAACGCCUUACAGUAGCGGAUGCACUAGAACCCGUCCAGUUUGAAGAUGGAGAAAAAAUUGUUGUGCAGGGAGAGCCAGGGGAUGACUUUUUCAUCAUCACAGAAGGCACAGCUUCUGUUCUUCAGCGCAGAUCUGAUAAUGAGGAGUAUGUAGAAGUUGGAAGACUUGGUCCAUCGGAUUAUUUUGGUGAGAUAGCACUGUUGCUCAAUCGUCCCAGGGCAGCCACUGUAGUGGCACGUGGGCCACUGAAGUGUGUAAAGCUGGAUCGUCCUCGCUUUGAACGAGUGCUUGGUCCUUGUUCUGAAAUCCUGAAGAGAAACAUUCAGAGAUACAACAGUUUCAUUUCUCUUACCGUCUAA